AUGGACCACUACCCUCGAAUGGGCCUCUUUCACAGAGGUCUCUAUUAUAGCAGCGCUCUUUACCCAAGACCAGGCUUCUACACUGGCUCACAGUUCUACGCACAUGAGGAACGAGCGAACCCUCCUACCCUCGAGGCAAGUCAAUUCCAUCUUCAGCCUGACCGCCAAAGGACGAGGUUGAGAGUGACAUUGAGAGUGAUGCCGCAUCAACCUGUCGUUGUUACCUUGAUUAGAUGUCUAAUCAUUUUUCUUCAACAGACAGCUUGGUACCCUUCGGCUGUCGCUCAAUCGGUUACCCAUCAAAUUGAUCCUCUGGCUCACCUGCGGCCCACCGUUGGACGCUCUCCCUAUCCAAUUGUCCAAGAUGUGCCCGCUACUCGAGCGCAAUUGGUAGCUGGUCCGCCUUCUCUAUCUGUCUCGCAGCCUCACCUGCCUGUCGGAUUGUCCUCUCGCCCAGUUUCCCAAAGAGUGCCUAUUUCUCAAUUGAUACAUGGACCGUCUCCCCUGUCUGCUACUCAAGCGGCACCGCAACCACGGCCUCGUGUAAGAUUUGAGCCUUCUGUUCUGUCUGAAACUAAAGAAGGUCUUGAUCAGCCUGCGGCUCCUUCUAUUACCCACUCUUCACCGCGCGUUGAGCACAAACCCCCGAUCAAAAACGCUGAGAAGAACUUGGUAGAGCCCAAGCCAGCAGACGCAGGCGAUCAAACCACCCCUCAUGGCGAUCAAGCUUUCUGGAGUCUGGAGAACCUGCCUGACGUUCUUUACGUUCUCAGACCCAGAAGCGACUACCGCAAAUCGAGACACCGUGUUUAUAAAACAACUAAUGCAAUUACUGGAAAGCAGAUCAAUGACUUUGCCGUACUCCCGAGCCAAAUCUCCUCCAACGUCGAAGGAUGGAGACUCGAGGCCUGGAUGCGUUUGGACCGUCGCAUCACCCAGCAGGAUAUCAUUGACCGCGUCAAUCCCGAGUACAAGUUGACCGCAGAUGAGAUUGAGACUCGUAGAGAGAACUUUCGCGACACCUUCCAUGUGGCUAAUUGGAAUGCGCAAAAGUCCAUCUGGGCUAUCGAUCGCAUGCUCAAGGCUACCGGAAUUGACACCCAGAAGAAUUCCACCAGGGGACUGACACCUGGUUUGAUAGACCCAUCGAAGGGUGAAGCCGGCGGACGCAUCCCUAUACCAGGAGAAAACAUCAUUCCUAUGGUGAAGCAGCCAAGUAUGAAUCCAAAGCCCGCUCUCGGGAGCUCUGGUGAGAUGUGCGAGGGUCACCGUCCUGGCCCAAGUCACGCUUCGCACGCAGAUCUAAGAACAGAGCCGAGAAGCCACGAGAUCGAAGCAGAGCAGAGGACAUCGCAGCAAGAUCUCGCAAUGGACAGCAAUGCGAGAGCAACUACAUUGCUGCAAAUUAAAACAGUUGACUCCACUCAUGCCGACUUCGAAUACCCCGAUGUUGAUGGCUUGACCUAUUGCAACGAGCCUCCCGCCCAACCCUUCGACGAUGAAGACGAUACUGUUGAUGGCGCAAUGACUUUGGAGAACUUUUUGAAGAAAAACAACAUGUCGUACGAGGAUUGGCUUCUUCGCGAUUGCGAUGCUGUUGACAGAAAUACCCUGAAGCGUGGACGUGAUGAGGAUUUGGAGUCUCAGGAGCCCAUGAACGUAAUCGCCAGCCCGAAGCGCAGACGUGUCGACAAUCCGGACAUUGAGGCAUCCGUGACCAUGAACAACACCCGGAAGCGCAGACGUGCUGAGGAUACGAAUGUCGAUGAGUCGACAGCUGGCGAGGAUAGCCCAAAGCGCAGGCGUAUAGAAACCUUGAACACUGGCAAGCCCGCCAAAAAAUCCAGUGAUGAUUUUUGGGCCACUGUCUUGAAAGCCUGA